AUGGCAUCAAUUGCUUACACAAUCAUUCGCGAAAUGAAUCGUUUGGGUAUGAUAGUUGAUUUAUCGCAUGUAUCAACAGGUACAAUGCGUGAUGCUUUAUCUACAACUGAAGCACCUGUGAUAUUUUCUCACUCAUCGGCAUAUGAAUUAUGUAAUUCAAGUCGUAAUGUUAAAGAUGAUGUUUUGCUAUCAUUAGCUAAAAAUGGUGGAAUAGUUAUGGUUAAUUUUUAUUCAAAAUUUUUAUCAUGUAAUGAAAAUUCAACUGUACAUGAUGCUGUCGCUCAUAUAAAUCAUAUUAGAAGAGUUGCUGGUAUAGACCAUGUUGGUUUAGGAGCUGGAUUUGAUGGCAUCAAUUUUACACCAAAAGGUUUGGAAGAUGUCUCAACUUAUCCAACAUUAUUUGCUGAACUACUUGGUGAAGGUUGGUCAGUAGAAGAACUGAAAAAAUUAGCUGGUGAAAACUUUUUACGUGUAAUGCGUGAAGUCGAAAAAAUUCGAGAUGAAAAGAAACGUGCUGGUGUUAGACCAUAUGAAGAUCAUCCAAAUUUCCGAACCGAAGAUCCAUACAAUUGUACGUCAAGUUAAUUGAUACUUUCACGAUUAUUAACAAUUAUCGUUUAAACGGAAAUAUAUACUCGUACAUACAAUGUAAAUGGCGGAAUAGUUUUCAAAAAAAAAUAAAAAAAAUGAUGAAUAAAUUUAUAUUAAAAAAAUUUAUCAAGAACAAUAUACAUAAUACAUAUUUAAAAUAGAUAAGAAAAAUUUUGAUUUUUUAUAAUGUUAAUCAAUUACAAAAUAAAAUUUCAAGCAAAAAAAAAAAAUAAUUUAAUCUCGGUUGACGUAAACAAAAAAAAUAAAAUUGCCGGUAAAUUUUUUUUUUAAAAUAGACUUAAUAGAAAAUAUUUAUUUGUAUUUGGAGAAGAAAAUGUAAAAACAAAAAUAAAAAGCGGCAAAAAAAAUUAAAAACUCGAAAUGUUAAAAAAUUCAAUUGUAUAGCAAAAAUUACUUUUAAUUCUAAUUUUUUAUUCUAGUGCUUGUAAAUGAAAAACUUAAUGUUGUUCAAUGGCAAAAUAAUCAAUUUAUACAUUUACAUGUAAUGUAGGUAUCCUUUU